UGACGUCACACAUUAGCGUGACAAGGAGCUGAUGAGUUAAACUCAAGAGUUUCUCCGGACGAAGCUGGAUGUGGUAACGCUGCUCAAAACCAACAGGGGAGGAUUCAUCGAUCCGCCGCUCGGCUUGUUGAUUCACAAAACAUGGAGCAAUGAAAGUGAAGAAAGGAGAGUGGAGAGUCACUGCACGGAUAUCCAGAUGUUACAACUGCUCAGAUUGAAGCUGGACCCUAAAGAAAAUUACCUCCUCAACCUUUCACCUCAGCGGGGGUAAAAAAAUGCAGUCUUUUGCAUGGAUGAAUGGAGAGGUCAGACAGCAUGGACCGCCUUCACGAUCCCCACAGGGUGCUUGUCAGUUAAGCCACAACACAAUGAGGAAUCCGCAAACUGGGACUGCAAAUGAGUCAAAGCAGUAUACGACAGCAAUAACAGGAGUUCAACCCCCACAAAUUGCGAAAUUCACUCACUAUGGACCUGUCUUUCAAAGACAGCCAUCAAAGUUGCAGACCUCAGCGGUUCCUCAUCAAGCAGAUUAUUUUGUGCAGACAGCUGGAGGGAACAAUUAUCUGCAACACUCAACUACUAAUUUGCAAAGUGGAAACCCUAGUUUGCCGGUCACUUAUGGACUUCAGCAAAAUUUUCAUCAGAAAUCUGCGCAGAUUUCAUUGACCCAGAAUCCACCCACCAUGAUGCUAGCAUACACUGUAUACCCUCAGCAAGACUUUUCGUCAAAUUGGAACCAAUCAGUUGGAGUUCAUGGGGAACAAUCAAUAAGGACACAGAAUGCUAAUAUUGUGUCUGAUCGCCAUCAUUGUUGGGGUCAGAAUAGCUUUUUUCACAACUUAAAUGGAGAGUCAAUUAAACCCGUUUCAGCAAACACGACAACAGCUACCCCGCCUCAACAUGGAGAUGUGGCUCACAAUGGCACAUUUGGGCCUGCUGCUGAACACAAUAGGCCGACUGCUCAUAACCACAUUCACAGACAAAACGGCACUCCGCAUUGCUCUGCUCCACCAAGUUACAAUGAGGCGACCUUUCUGUCUCUCAGAAACAACAGUAAUACAACAAACUCAUCAUCAAGUGAACAGAAUUUACAUGUUUCCAGCACAAGUCCGAUUUUUCAACAAUACUCAACACAUAACAGUGGGGGAGAAGCCACCGCCUCCAUUAACUCAAAUUCAUAUUGCAAGCAGUAUGAAACCAUCCUUUCCUUGUUAAAACAAACUGAUUCUCCCGUAAAUCCUGCUGUUGAUGCACAACAGGAAAUGCUCAGACGCCAAAGGGUUGCAAGAAUUGAGGACUAUCUACGUGAGUCGUCCACUGCUGGCUUAGAUGGUUGUCCUCAAGUGUAUACUAGUUCACAUCAUGGACGAAAGCAGGUUGUCAGCAGGGUCACAACGACGGAGUCUGAUCAAAAUAUUCAACUUGGGACAUCAACUGUCGCUGAAAUAUAUAACGCCAAUGCCUCCCAAACCAUACCACAAGAUUCAAGAUAUUCUUUGCCUAAAACCAAUCACAAUGUUAUGUCAACACAGCAGCACGUAGAUGUGCCACCCCAGCAAAGCUCUGUACCAAAUGGCUUUUAUGUCUCAGCAACAGGAGAUGGAAUUGGAAAUGUAAAUCAGGCAGCAUUUUUUCCUGAAAACAAUGUUGGAUCUUUAAGCGAUGCAUCGCAACUGAUGCCUGAGGGCAUUAUCCCACCGGGAAAUGAAAACCAAACACAUGUAGCAAACCAUUGUGAAAGGCUUGAAAUGCUAUCAGUCAAGGCAAAUGACAGCUCAAUUCACUCGUCUCCUGGUCGCACAAGAGCUGUUGCUGUUGUGCAACCAUUGUCACAGGAAAGCUACCAGGUUGCCAGCAUGCAGACCAGUUCUAACAACAUCAGUCAAUUGUCUGAGGGCCCCACAACAGAUGAAUCUUUGAGUAACCCAGAGAAAUUAUUUAUUCCUCCAAAAAACACGCCAGUUAGGUACCUGAAAGUGGGACCUUAUCUUCUCCCAGGCAACCCAAAACAACUUUUGGCCCAAAAAUAUGCAAUCAGGCAUUCAGCAGCAUCCAAUGAUGCUACUUGUAUGUCAUUGUCCUCUUUAGCUGGGCCUCAAGACUUACCGCAAAAACAGAUAUGUACAGUUGACAUGGGAUCAAAACUGGAUAUUGACACGCAAGUACACCAGCGUGUUGCACCAACUGCUCAACAAUUGGUAACCUCCAAAGCACCAGUGAGUGGAAAUGGUGAGAAGGACAAAACUGAGAUGCCAAUAGAUACAAAGGGGGCUUUAGAGCUUUCCUCAGUCCCAACAACCCCAUGGACCCCAGUCACACUAACUAAGUACAUACAGUAUUCUGAAAAACCUCAGAUGAUGUCAAAAGAUAUUGCAAUGCCUGAUGUUGUUCACAAAUUAUUUAGCAUGUUUUGGGAUGGCGACCCUGAAAACUUGAAAAGUGCGCUUAAGUCAGGCAUGUACAUUCAUUUAAUCACUGAUGUUAAAAAAUUCUGCAAUGAACAUUUAACACCAGAGUCUGUCAUUCUGUCACAAGUAAAGACCUGCUUUAGGAGGCAAAUGAAGAGCUACCAUAUCCUCAAAGAUAAGGAAGUUUAUUCAGAACUGCCCUACCAGUCAUCAUGGUUGAAUGUCAAUGAGCAGCUAGAUGACAUUGACAAAGAGUUUGACUUCCCGCAAAUUUUGAAGCAUCAUAUUUAUAGGCUCAAGAGUGACAUUCAGCCAGAUCAGGUAGAGACAGACGACAGCAUUUCUGCACAAACUGUAAAUGAGGUGUCAAACAAGAUGUCAUCACCAGAGCUUAAACAGCUUGACCCAAGUGAAGAAAAACUAGACUCCUCUGUUGAAGCACCUUCAAAACCAACUUCCUCUCCUAAAAAAACGGAGAGCGCUGAUUCCAGUGACCCGUACUCAUUUAAAAUCCAAGUUUUUUCUCCAGAAAAUGCCAAAGUUAUCUUUGAGCAAGCACAAAGCAAGCUGCCAGAAAGUAUGGACAUGGACUAUCAGCCAGAAAAAGCCUUGGAUAGCUCUGUGGAGGGUAAGCUACCUAAAGUUAUAUAUGCCACAUUGAGUAACCCAAAACUGGAUAACAAGACAUUCUGUCCAAUAGAAGAGGUUUGCUGCAUUGAAAGGUGGAAGGAAACAAUUUGUGGGUCAGACACAUCUUCUUUGACAAAAUGCCAGUGCAAGAUCAAGCAAAGUCAUAAAGAUAUCGCUGCAAAUCCCCUUGACAAUGAAGUGAUGGCAGUACAAGAGAAAGAUGCGUGCAGGUCUGACAGCAAAUUCCAAUCUGCUGCAGAAGAGGAGAAUCAGGCGAAGGGUGGGGAGAGCGACUAUCAGGUUAUGACAUUUCUUUGGCCUGAGAUAGUCAAUGUAUUCAGUCAAGACAUUGACUUUCCUGAAGAUACGGACAAACCUGACUCCCAUUAUGACAAAGACCCAAACAACAUUUACCAGAUAAGCAUGGAUAGUAGCCAGUCAAGCAUCAUACUCAUAAGUGAUGAGGAAGAACAUCUGUCCAGCAUUGAAAGUGAAAUUCUCAACCAAAUGCCAGACUUUGAAAAUGAUUCCGCACAAGCUCAGGUGAAAUUGACAGAAAGAUGCCAGUCAAACGGUUCAGAUGAGAAAGAGACCAAUAAAAUCUCCAGAAAUUACACUGAAAUCCAGUCAGACCCUGAAGUGGAAUGUGUACAGGAUCAGUUGAAAUCAACAGGAAAUAUGAAGUCAUGUACUUCGGUCAGAAGUGACACAAAAACUGAAAAACUCUCCACUAAUGAAAGUGAAGCUACCAGCCGGAUGACAGAACUCAAAGAAAAUUGUGGACAAGCUCAAUUGACAUCUACAAAUGUGGCAGAGUCAUGGGAAACUGAAGAAGAACAAACUCAAAAUAAUGCAACGGGUGCCCAACAGAAAUUUUGGAGUGGUAAACUAAAGAGACUAAGUAGUCCUGAUAGAUUUUUACCAGUCUCGAAGAAAUCAAAGAAAUGCAAAUCCCUUGGUGAUGUGGACUCACAGCCUUUCCUUGAGGGCGCUUCAAAAUGUGGGAAGGUUUUUGUUCAUGCGACUGAUAGCGAACCUUCAGCCUCAAACAUUAGGACUGUAGAACUGGUUCUGUUUGGCUCAACAACACAAGACAAGUGUGUUUUACCUGGCAGUAGAAAUAACUAUAUCUCAUCUCCAGAGGUUGUGUCUGAUGCCGUAGCAAGGCCUCCUAAAGUUCUCACUGUGAAUCUCAGUCCCUUGAAGAAAAAGCCCAUAAGAACUGUGCAAACAUGGGAAUAUUCCGUCAAACGGCUUUACAAAAAAUGGAAGAUUAGUUUACCACCUGCUAAAAUCAGGCACAAAAGGAAACUAAAACCACCAAAGUGUACUUUUGCCCCUUUAUUUGUGAAGCGUCGCAAGAAGGCUGAAAGGUUUUGCCCUACCGACACUGAAGAGCUGCCAGUUUCCUCUGAAAUGAGGGUCUUGAGUGGAAAAACUAAACCCUGCCCGAACCUUCGUUGGAGGAGGUCACUAUCUGAAGAACUCCCAUUCGAAGAGCAGAAAGAGAAACACACCAUUAUGAUCAACAAGCCUGCUGAACAGAAGAGAAAUAAGGCUGAAAAUGGAAGCAAUGCUGUCGUGCCUCUCCAGAACAACGAUGUCCUGAAGUUCAGUGUCUUACCCGUUUCCUUUAACUUCGGAUCCAAUGGGAGAAAGGAAACCAACGCUCCUGUUCCAGGAAAGACUGAUCUUGUUGAAGGAAAGGACAACAGCGACAACAAUACUCUCAGUAGGGCAAGAGGUACAUGGUGGCCAAUUGCUGAGAAGAAGCAUCGAUUUUUUCCCAUCCCAGAGACCUACAGCCUCUUCCAAAAGUUUCAAAAGAAAUACAAGGAGAAGAUGCAGCCAUAUGUGGAUGAAUAAAAUGACAGAUUGGAAGUUUGUUGGCAACAGACAGUUUUGUGGGAAUUUUCUACAUUUAAGAAAUGUGCCUCUUAAGAUUGUUACAGAUUGUUUUUGUGUUUUUGUACUGUACAUUCAAGUAACCAUUGGAAGUUGCCGGUUUUGUAUAUAUUUACUUUCAACAGUCUGUCAAAAAUGUUACUAAUCUAUAGGGGUCACAGGUUCUAAACAGUUGUACGUACAAUUGUCAGUUGUUUACAUGACUGUAAAAGUGUUCAAGUCUUCCACUUCAUAUACAAUUCUUAAUGUCUCACAAUAUUGUGAAAAAUGUAACUUUUUGAAAAUGUUUUUUUCAGCUAUAUAUUUAUAUAUUUUUUUAUAUUUUUCUACGUUAAGAAUAUUUUUCUACAAUAUUUUAAACUUAAUCAAAUAUGUUUUUUUAUAAGAAAAGGUGUCUGGAAUCGAGUUGAGUGCUGACACCAUUAGUUUGAGGUAAACAACUGAAUUCAGCAGCAAGAACCCAGAAAGGUGGACAUUUUGGUGUAUAGUUAUGUCACCAAUUUUAGAGACUGUAUUUAAAGGAGGGCGGUAGCAAUAAGGCCCACAGGAUGGAGCAUUAAGGAUUAAAGGAUGUAUGACUGAGGCUGGUCAGUUACUCUUGAGGCCAACUCAUUUUUGAUCUGCAGUAAAUCUAUUCACAUC